AGAGAGAAAAGAAGCUGUUAAACGGAGCCGAGCGGCGGAGCGGAGCACACUGAAUAACUCACUGGCAACCGGAGCCGGCGGCGCCUGCAUCAAAAGCCCAACAUCCUCUGCCUUCGGCGACUGAGCGAGCGGGACACCGUGUUAUCACGCAGAUGGACACCAGAAACGCCACCGAAGAAAAACCUGUCCAGCGAUCUAAGUCCUUCAGCUUUAAGACCCAGAAGGAAGUGUGCUCAUCAUGUGAGAAGACAGUCUACCCAAUGGAGAGAUUGGUCGCCAACAACCUGGUGUUUCAUUCGACGUGCUUCUGCUGCAAGCACUGCAACGCCAAACUCAGCCUGGGCUCCUUUGCAGCUCUCCAAGGCGAGUUUUACUGCAAGCCGCACUUCCAGCAGCUGUUCAAGAGCAAAGGCAACUACGACGAGGGCUUCGGACGCAAGCAGCACAAAGAGCUCUGGGCCUCCAAGGAGACGGAAACUAUAACAAAGACGCCGUGAUCGUGUCUGCCGGCCGGCCGCCGGGGUCGCCACAGGCCCGGCACCUCUUUUCUUUUCUCGUCAUCCUAACACCUCCAACACAUCACGAUCAGCACGUGCCUCAUAUGCUGCGGCACUGUUAAAUCGCCUACGCGCCCACUCGCUUGUUUUCUUUUUUGUCUUUUUUUUUUUUUUUUUUUUUUUUUUUUUUGGGAAAUGCCAUUCAAACAGAUACAUGCACAAAACAGCUAGAAUCACGGGCCAGUCAUGGUCCACAACACAAAAAGUUAAUUUUAGAUUUAAAAACUGUUACGUUCUCACUUUUAUUUGCCAGUUCCUCUUUUGGAAUUGGAUGUUGAUUGUGACCAAAAGCCUUCUCUGGUAUGAAGAAGGAGUUUAACGACAAACACUUUUUUUUCUCUCUCUCUCUCUCUCGUUUCUCCUAAUAAUUUGCACCCUUUCUGUAUGUAAACGGUAUGCUCAGGCAAACAUAUCAGAGGUGACGCAGCAUCAGUGUUUUGCAGUCGAGCAUACACUCAGGUCAAUUAGAAAUAAACACAUCGCUUAGUUUAACAAAACACAAAUCAAACUCGCAGUCCUCAGUAUUACGACGAUGCUGGAGGAAAAACAGGGUACAGAGUACUGUAAGAUAACCGUGCACAUCAGCAACACCUCACCUCACCUCUCCUGUCUCCGCUUUGUUCCGUCAUCGCUUCCUUUUCAAACGAGUCUCAUCCUCGCGUGUCGGUACGACUGGGUCUGAACAGCCUUAUCUACGGUGGCCCAGAAAGCAAAAGCCCCGACAGGAAGACUAAAGCUGCAGAACAAAAAGGAAAAAAAAAAAUGCAAACGCAGAAAACUGUGACACAAAUCCAAAGGCUGUGAGACAUAAACAUAAAUUGCAACACAAAUGCUAAAUUCCUAAUAUUAAUACAGUAACAGGAAGACAAAAUAUACAAGCGGCAGCACAUAUAGAAACAAUGUCAGAAUACAAAUACAAAAACUAUUUGACAAUAAGAGUAAACCCAAACCCUUCCGGGCCACCGUACGGAUUUUCUUCCAUCGUUUGUUUCACUGACGCAUCGCCGUGCGUCUUUUUCCCCAAGUAUUUCUUUGGAGCCACUCGAGUUCUGAUUGGAUCGAUGUCACGACGCGUGGAGCUCUCACGGCUGUAAUGUUGAUACGUUUCUCUGAUUGUGUUUUGUACGCCACCUGUACAUAGAGCUGUAGUUCUAGUGAUUAGUGAACGUCAUUCCCCGACGCACUGUACUCUCUCGUCUCGCUGACGCCACAUCAGAUGUUGGUAACACUGGGCAACAAGAUUGUCAUCUUUUGAUUUGUUUUCAAUCAUUUUUCUUGCACAAAUGAAAACAGGACGACCUCAUAGUGCUUUUAAAGUUUUUAAAUGUAUGAUCAAGCUUUGAUUUUACAUGGCAGAAUAUGCCAUUUUUUUUCCCGACAAAUAAGGCUGUUAGUACACUUAAAAAGUGUAUAAAUCAAUGAAAUCAUCUUUUUUUAUUCUUUUACCUUCGCCUAGAUAUUUGGAUCUUCUCAGUGUGAAGACAAAUCGAAGUGCUGGAUAAAUUACCGAUUUUUUAGUUUUCAGCAUCAGAAAGAAUCUUUGUUCGCCAGUGUCAUCAGUGAAAAACCAAGGCCCCGUCAACCGUUCAACGUGCCUGAAAGAAUUAUUCCUCCAGUCGCGUUUCACUGUCUUAACUCAUUUAAAGUCUGUGCAAAGCAGAAACACAUCGAUCACUAUCAACCUCGCAGGCAGGUUGGAUCCUAAACAGCUCAGAUCGCUUAUUUGUUUUGGCACUUUCAGGUGAUUUAGUCAAGAUUGAUUCCUGAAAAGAGAGAUUCAGGAGCUAUAAUUCCAAUGUAUGCUGUGGAAAGUGAUCCCUGCAAAAUCGGGUAUAGCUGCUAAUGCUAAUCUAUCUGUGCAGAUGUCUUCUAUCAUUAAAAAAUAUAAAGAACGACGAGCUUUCAAAACAAAUUUAUUGGUGAUUUUAAGCAAACACUUUCAAGCGCUUCAUUUGCUUUCCACAGAUUUUAAAGGCGUGAACUUUCAAUAAAACCACUUUUGAGAAUUGCGUGGCCGAAGUGAAUCACAGCAGUUUGUCCUCAAGUCCGGCUGUUAUGCCAGUGGAUUUUCUUUUUCUUCCUUUCUUUUUGUGUUUCCUCUUCGGUUAUUUUUCUUGCUGGACUUGAGAACAAACUGCAUUCUGGAUUCACAAGACUGGACAGGCCGGGGCUGCUAAACAGCACAACACAUAGACAUUCAUGUAAGUAAGUAUUGACUGUUUUUUUUUUUUUUUUUAAGGUUCUGAAUUAAAUAUAUAAGAUAUGCUGUACCUUUAAAGGCCUCACAGGAAAUCCCAUAACUCUGUCCCCCCUGUCGUUUUCCACUCGUUGGUCGUUGCCGUCUCGUGAUGAUUCCCAUGCUGUACCGGAGUGUGUGUUCGUGUAGCUGGAUAGGUUUGACGCGGACAGUCCCGUCCGUGGUUAUUUGUUCCCCUCCAGCAAGCGUGGACAGGUUUCCUCUCUGAAAUUAUUGCCUUCCUGUUCUCAUCUCCUGUCUUAUCAGCUGAGUGCAGCUGGAAACUGGACCUAUUUUCUUGGUAUGAAAUUCUCAGUUCUGUGGACGGAGAGCCUGUCACUGUAUUGAUCCCCGUGUUGUGUGCCUGCAUGCUGCAUGCAAAUAAAAUUUAAAAAAAAAACCCAGUGCACAGCGCCCCCUGCUGGAGAAAGUGACCAGUAACGUAAAAAAAAAAAAAAAAGAAUUUGCCCAUCAUGAACUCCACAUAGCCUUUCUUCUAAGUUUUCGUUGCCUCGGUCUGCAGUGCAGCUGCAGCCACUUUUGAGCUCAUUCAGCCACUCGACACAAAGUUAGAUCAGAUCUCCACGCUUAGUUUUUUUUUCAUUCUUUACCAAGAAUGACUCGAAAGCCAUUUUUCAAUUUCCCAUUUUAGAAGGCGUCUGAAUACCUAUGACACUUGAAUGACACAAAGUAUACUUUUGUGGCUGGUGGUUUACUGUGAAUUAGAGCGUGUUAUGCUAAUAGAAAGCUAAACAGAUGGAUAUUUCCUACUUUUUUAAAAAGAAAAGAGAAGCCUUAGAUAUAAAGAGCAGACCUUAUCGCUUUGUUUUUUGUUUUUUUUUUCAUUGAAUGCACAGAUCUUUAACAAAGAAAUCUCCUGAUCUGCCUUCUCAAAAAAAAAACCCAGACCUGUUUAUUUCUGGAUUCCCACUCUUUAACAUAGGAUCACUCCACUCCACCAGCAGAUACGUUUCCCUCAUCUCGCCAUGUUUUAACCGCGUGUGUACGAUACUUCUUCCUGUGUUAACCGUGUGCGUUUUCCUUUGUGUCAUUUCAAUCUGUUCCUCUGGAUGCUGGAGAAUGCUUUAAAAUCGAAGAGAAUUGUAUCUACAAACGCCGUCUUUUGUCAUUCUCUGUUUAGCAGUUCGCCAAGGUACAAGUGCAAAAAUCUGUGAAAUUCGCGACCUCGAAGUGUAAUCGAGCAGGCAAGGUACACUUUACACUGGUGCCACGAGGCUCAGGUGAAUGAUUGCAGUGUAACGUUUCCAUGUGAAAUCUGUGCGUCAUUUCAACUUUUAAUGUGGACUUCCUUUUUGAAUA